ACUGUUCUCACACAUGUGAACAUUCAAAAUUGCUGUCGCUGUGUUUACGAUUUUACUUCCCAAGAUAACUGGGAAACAAACAUUUUUUCGUCGAAGUAAUGUCGCCGUGAGUGGAAAAUCGAGAAGAGAUCAGCAUGGCCAAGUAUCUAGCGCAAAUCAUCUUGGUAGGCGCGCAGGUGGUGGGUCGCGCCUUCGCCAGAGCGCUGAAGCAGGAGUACGCCGCAAGUCAGGAGGCCGCCCGGCGUGCCGGCGGAGGCCAGAAGGGAGCAGCCAGGGCGCAGUCCAACCUCAGGUCUGGCAUCACCCUGGAAGAGGCGCAGCAGAUUCUCGAUGUCUCCAAAUUGGACCCAGAGGAGGUGCAGAAGCGCUACGAAACCCUAUUCGCCUUGAACGACAAGACCAAGGGUGGAUCCUUCUACCUCCAAAGCAAGGUUUUCCGCGCUAAGGAGAGGAUCGACGAAGAAAUGAAGCAGCAAGCCAUGUCCACCAGCCGGUCAAAACAAGAAGGGUCUAAAGAAAAUCCUCCAGAGAGGUGAACACAUUUCGCCCUUCUUUUCAGCCUGGUGAUACACUUGAACCAUUGAAUUUGAAUUGUUGGCAUGUUCACAAACUAGUAAAUAUAUUGUAGGUCUUAAGCAAAGAGAAAAGUCUUUCAAUCCAAAUAAUUUUGACCAGAGGGAAAAAAGGGUUUGAUGGUUUAACUUCUAAUGCAAUAUUUUUCUUUAACUGAUAGUGUAACUUUCGCACCUAAUUUUGGUGCAAAUAGGAUAAAGAGAGGUCUGCUACCCCUAUAUUUUAACUGAUAAUUAUAAGUUUUAAAAAUUAAAUGUUAACAUAUUUUUUUUGAAUCGUGCUGUAUAUAUUCUAGAAUCUAUCUAUAAUAACUAGAUUUAGAUGAGUCUGCUGUGACUUCCAGUCCCUAUAUCUUGGACUAUUUUUUGAUAGAUUAAGUUAAGUAUAUAUUUGAAUUUCAUUAAUUUAUCAGCAAACAAAAUUUAAAUUUUCACAAAGAAAAAUAAAACAGCAGGGUUGUAACAGCAAGUUAGUGCUAAAAGGAUCAGAGAAAAAACGAGUGAAUUUCUCUAACUAGAUACUUUAAAAUAAUUUCUCAAACAAAUUUAACACAGCGUGUGGUAAUUUUCCUCUAACAAUUUUCUUCAGGUUGGGGAAAUUUUAAGGAUAGAUGAAUGGGAAGACUAAAGCUGAGCAGAGCAAAAAUAUGAGACGAACACUUCUGUAGUCUUAAUUGUUGUGAAAAUUUUACCUUGUAUUUUUUCUUUUUUUUAAAAAAAACCUUGCGAUAAUAUUUUAAGACAAAAUCUGUCCAGCAGUGAUUAACCUACAACUCUGAGAUUGGCAAUUUCUUCCAAACUGCUGUUUAGUGAAUGAAAAUUCUUAUCUUCGGCAUAUAACUUAUAUACAAUGUGUUAGCUUAUUUUUGCAGAGGAAAAUAAACCCAUUAACAGUAAAA